GCUCUUGCAGAUAUAACAGGUUUUUGUUCGAAUGACUAGAUCUCGUUAAAGGGUUUAACUGCUCCUAAUUUGUACCUACUUUAAUGGCGCACCCUAAUUACAGGUCCUGUCUUUAUGGAAGAUUAGUGGUGUGAAGCUGAGCACAUUAGGCCUCUUUUAUGAGGAGAUAAACAGAUCAUCAUCACACCGUCAUGUGGCGUAACCGUCACAUGGCCGAACCGAGUCCACGGCGGCUAUUUAAGGAGCUGCUGUGCGCCUUCAGCACCACUUCGCUGUCCACAGUCCCGAGGAGAGCAGGCUGACACCACGACGCGCCGGCUUCAACUUCAACCACGCUGAGCAACAAGUUUGCAAACAUGCCGAGAUCUUUUCUCGUGGAUUCCUUGAUUUUAAGGGAGGCAAGCGACAAAGGAAACGAGAACAAUCCACCUUUAUUUCCUUACGCCGUGCACUCGCCUCACCACCCGCACGGGCUGCCGGGCUCCUGCCACUCCAGGAAAGCCGGACUGCUGUGCUUCUGCCCGCUGUGCAUGACCGCGCCCCAGCUCCACCCGUCCCCACCGACACUGCCGCUCCUGAAAGCGUCUUUUCCUCCCUUCACCUCACAGUAUUGCCACUCAGCUCUGUCGAGGCAACACUCUUCAUCCAACAGCGUCAACCUCAGCCACGGACCGGGGAUAUAUCAAGCUGCGUACUCAGUCCCAGACCCGCGGCAGUUCCACUGCAUCUCAAUCGAAAACAGCAACGGCAAACUUCAGAGCAGCAAACGCAUGCGCACCGCCUUCACCAGCACACAACUUUUGGAGCUGGAGCGAGAGUUCACCUCCAACAUGUACCUGUCCAGACUGAGGCGCAUCGAGAUCGCCACAUACCUGAACUUGUCCGAGAAACAGGUGAAAAUCUGGUUCCAGAAUCGCAGAGUGAAGCACAAAAAGGAGGGAAAGAGCAGCGGCCAAAGGACUGGAUCACAUAACUGCAAAUGCUCGUCCCUGUCAACGGCGAGAUGCUCGGAGGAAGAGGAGGAUGACAUUCCCAUAUCUCCUUCCUCCUCCGAAAAGGACGACGUGGACCUGUCCGUCUCUCCAUGAACUCCACCCUGCCUCCCCUUUGAAAGAUUUUGGUCCUCAUGGUUUUGAAUACAGCCAAAAAAAGACUGUUCCACUUGUGUUCAGUCGUCUGUACAUAGAAAGAGAAUAUUUAAUCAGGGAAUUGCCCUGAAUUAUUGUAUAGCUGUAUACAUGUUGUACGUUUUGUAUGUAGUUUUUUUCUGAAAACGGUCCAUUUGUUGUUGCCAAUCCUAUGAGUAUGAUAGGCAUAUUUGUAAAGACAAACCCAAAAUGACAAAAAAAAACAAUAGCAACAUUGUUUCUUAGUAUUUUGGGGAAGACAGUAUUUUGUAUACAUGAUGAAUACUGGUUAGAUUCAUUCUGUGUGGAUGGAACUGUGACUUCAAACUUGGAAAGCUGGAGAGAAAUUCCCUCACUGUCACAUC